GCUAGCGCGGGGUCCCCAAUUGCCUGAACCUUGCCGCGCCGAUCGCGGGGCAGAAACCUUGAAUUCUCUGGAGAGGAAUACCAACAAGGCGCUGUGUACAUUCAGUCCGGUCAAAGACCGCAUAGUAGAGAGCUCACCCAAAAUGAGCUCCUCUGAGCCCGCGACCCGGUGGGCGGCUUUCGCUCGGGACACGAACGAAACCAAAAUCCAGAUCGCCAUCAACCUCGACGGCGGUGCCUUCCCGCCAGACACCGAUGCCCGCUUGCAAGUAAGCGGCGCCGACGGCCAUGCCUCGCAAUCAAGCAAGUCACAAACAAUUAGCAUCAACACCGGCAUCGGCUUCCUCGACCACAUGCUCCAUGCGCUAGCCAAGCACGCAGGCUGGAGUCUGGCGCUGGCCUGCAAGGGCGAUCUACACAUCGACGACCACCACACAGCAGAAGACGUCUGCAUCGCGCUCGGAUACGCCUUCGCGCGCGCCCUCGGUACGCCCACGGGCCUCGCCCGCUUCGGAUACGCCUACGCGCCGCUCGACGAGGCCCUCAGCCGCGCGGUCGUCGACCUAUCCAAUCGCCCCUAUAGCGUGAUCGCUCUCGGGCUGAAGCGCGAGAAGAUCGGGGACCUCAGCACCGAGAUGAUCCCGCACUGCCUGCAGAGCUUUGCGCAGGCGGCGCGCGUGACGCUGCACGUGGACUGCCUGCGCGGGGACAACGACCACCAUCGGGCCGAGAGCGCGUUCAAGGCGCUUGCGGUAGCGGUUCGGCAGGCGACGAGCAGGGUUGCCGGGAGGGAAGGGGAGGUGCCAAGUACCAAGGGGACGCUGAGUGUGUAGCGGGAAGGUAUGGAAAAGUAGGCACCUAACGAAGAUCCCAUCUUGAAGCGGCAGUCUCAACUGUCGUCGUUGAACACUGAGCCAUUGAUGAGACGGCGACCCCACAGUGGCAUGACGUCUCAAUCAUUCAACCCCCGGAAGUGCAAAGCAUGGUUGACCGCCUGGCAUAAUCGGAA